GCCUCGCCCUCUUUUCAUGUUUGAUUGAGGUGAAGGCGAGUCUUUUCUCCCUCCACAACGAAACGAAUAUAGCUUUUGCGGAGUAGCUGAUUGGUACCUCUUUACAAGGUGUUCCUGAAUCACCUCACCAUCACUGCUUCGGCUAGCCAGCUUUUCCACUCCCGCGUUACACGCUGCUUUUCUCUCUCCCCUCUUUUCGGGUGGACUCGCCAUUUUCCGGAAUUGAAAUACAUUAAUCGUGCGAUUAUAUCAUGGAUAAGACGGAGCUCAUUCAGAAAGCCAAGCUGGCGGAGCAGGCCGAGCGCUAUGAUGACAUGGCCGCAUGUAUGAAGCAGGUGACUGAACAGGGCGCCGAGCUCACCAACGAGGAGAGAAACCUGCUCUCUGUCGCCUACAAGAACGUCGUUGGGGCUCGUAGGUCGGCUUGGAGGGUUAUCUCGAGCAUUGAACAGAAAACCGAGGGCAACGACAAGAAGCUUCAGAUGGUGAAGGAGUACAGAGAGAAGGUGGAGGCCGAAUUACGCGACAUUUGCAACGAGGUGCUGGGACUGUUGGACAAAUAUUUGAUUGAGCUCUCUACAGUUGCAGAGAGCAAAGUCUUCUAUUUAAAGAUGAAGGGUGACUACUACAGAUACCUUGCAGAGGUUGCCUCGGCAGAUAACCGGAAGGACACAAUAACUAACUCUCAAGAAGCCUACCAGGGUGCGUUUGACAUCAGUAAGAAGGACAUGCAGCCCACACACCCCAUUCGUCUGGGACUGGCUCUUAACUUCUCAGUGUUCUUCUAUGAGAUCCUCAAUUCUCCUGAGCAGGCCUGCGCUCUGGCUAAACAAGCCUUUGAUGAAGCCAUUGCAGAGCUGGAUACACUUAAUGAAGACUCGUACAAAGACAGCACACUUAUCAUGCAGCUGCUUAGAGACAACCUCACAUUAUGGACCUCUGACAACGCUGCAGAUGAGGGUGAAGGUGGAGAAGGAGGAGAGAACUAAGGGCCUUCAUAUUCUCCCCACAGAUAAAAAAAAAAAAAAAAAAAAAAAAAAGAA